GAUCGGGAGACGGUGAUGCGCAUAAAUCGCAUGUCCACGCGUCGUCAUCUGCCCAAGCGAGAACAUAGCUGGCCGCCCACAGAGCUGGAGCAGACACCAACAAUUGUUGUGUCCAGCCAUGCGCCCACACCCUCACCCACGCAUACGCACAGCGUGGAUGCGCUGCGUGAGAAGUUCAACAGUCCCACGCGCAUACCGGAGCCAACUGUGGAGCAGUUGCGCCAGCAGCUGCGUCCAAAGGAGCAGUCAAGGGCACCGCAGCCAAAGCAACUCAAGCAGAGUGAGGAGGAACAGGUGACGCCCAAGACCAAGGGCUUCUCGGCACCUGAAACCAAAGCAGCAGAUGCGGACAUUGGCCUAGUGGCGCCCAAAUGCGAGUACUAUGAACAGCUGACGCAUAGACGCGCUGCCACGCCCACUUUGCCAGCUAGCCAGCCCUAUCGUCCGCGUCUUAAGCGUCAGUCCUACUCGCUGGAGCGUGGACGCAGCAGAAAACGAGUCGUAACAGCCGCCAGCACAGAUUUGCCGCCACCCAAACCACGCAGUGCCAAUGGCACACCAAAGCUGCAGCGUCGUUGCAUUAAACUGGCCACGGAGCUAAAGAUCUGCUAUGACGGCGACAGCGAGGAGGAGAAGCAGCACAAGGUUGACAUCGAUUUGGAAGCCAUGCCGCUGCCAGCAGUGCCAAGCGAUAAGCAAAGAACGGGCACAGCUGCUGCCGUUAGGGAAAGCCUGCCAAGUGAAGCGUCCGCCGUAAUUGACAGUCUGGCAGCUAAGCAGCAGCAGCAGCUGGCUUUGGUGCUGGCCAUGACCACACCAGCCGAGCAGUCCCAGUUGCAAUCGCAGUCUGAGACGCGCAUCAUACCCAUCAGCAUCAGCAGCACGGAGGAGCAACCGCUGCAGGCGACGGCGCAGCGCAUUUAUAGCGAAGCCUGCGAUUAUUUGCGCCAGGAACACACCAUGCCGGAGGAGGCCACGCCCACUUACAUAAGCGCCACCAGCGGCAUCAAGCUGCAGCGCCAGGACAGCAACAAGCCCAAGCCCUGCAAUUCCAGCUGCAUACCCACGCCCCCUCCGCUGCCGCCGCCACCAACACCGCCCGCUCAGCUGCGCGCACGCGCGAAAGGCUCAGCGGAGCAGGAUCAGGCUAAGCAAACGCGUCGCCAGGGCGGCAUUUAUGAGCAGCACGAGGCGCAUGUGGAGAUUGCGCAGCUGGAGGCCAAAUAUGCGCACAUUCAACAGUCCAUAGCGGAGCAUCUGCGUCAGAUCGAUUCGUACAUGGAGAAUGCCAAGCAGGCGCUGCAGCGCAGUGUGCAAGCCACGCCCACACCGACGCCACCAACAGCAGCGCCUGUAGCUGAAGUGGAGACAGUGCAGCCAAGGCCAGAACUUUGGGAUAUGUUUGCCGCCAGACAGUCACCCAUACUGGCAGUGGAGAGUCCACUGCAGGCUAUACUACGACAGAUUUAUUGUCGUGCUGCUGGCAUACAGCAGCUGCCCAAGAAUCAGCUCGGCGAGGAGUCAACAGUGCCUGAGGCAAAGCCGGAAGAGAAUGUGCCCAUAGUGGAGCGUGCGCUGCAGGAUUUGCAUAAGAUAGCCGAGGCGCUGGACAACGAGGAGCAAAAGCAAGAGCUGCUGCAACUGGAGCACAAGCAAACGCCAACAGCUGGCGAGGCACAGACUGUGCUCAUAGACGAAGAAGAGGAGGAGGAGGAGGAAAAGCAGGCGGAGGAGCCAGACUACAAACAUGUGUCCGAUGUUAUUGCAAACUAUGAGCAGUUGGCCAAGUCGGACACCGCCAGCAGUUGUACACAUGAGCAGCUGGAGCACACUGAAGCUGGAAGCGCUGGCGCUGGCGCUGGCGCUGGCAGUUGGUGCGCCAUUUGUGGCGAAUGUCGCGACUCGCCGCAUGGCUGGGGCAAGAUUAACCAGGCAGAUCAAUGGCGCUUUAACAAUUUACAAAAUGAACUGUUGACCAACUACAAGGCCACCUAUGAAAUACGCAGUCCUUACGUCUCAAGGCAAAUAUCCUGGGAGGAUGCACAACAACAGCAGCAGCAACCAAAGCCAGAGGCAGAGCCAAAGCCGCAGCCGCAGCUGCAACCAAAGACAGAGACAGAGCCAAAGCCGCAGCCGCAGCCGCAGCUGUGGCGUCAACGCAGCGAGGUGCAAAUUAUAACCGCGCCCAGCAGCUCCAGCUUGGAGCCAGAGCCUGUGCAGUGGGUGCGAAGUCGUUCGCCCAGUCCCUUGCCUGCGCGCAAAUAUCCAGCGCCGCUUAUUGAAACUGCGCAACGUUGCAGCUCGCCCUUUGGCCUCAAUGCAGUGCAGUCAGCUGCCACGCCCACACCCACGCCCACGACGCUGGAAGCCAAGUACACGCAUGUGCCGCAGCUGGGACAGAAUACAGGACUGCUGGUGCAUACGGCCACACAGCCGCUGCAGCUGUGCCUGUCCAGCUCCUCGACACUGCUGGCUGCCACGCCGCCUGCCACGCCACGUUGCAACUCGCAGCCGCCGCCCUUUGACUUCCUGCUGCAACAUGGCCAAGCGCCUUUCAAGUCGCUGGCCGCCAGCGAGGACGGAGAGUUGACGCAGUCGACGCGCGACUUUAGCGUCAAUCGCUCGUUUGAUAAUGUUUCGCCACGCCCCUAUAUAGGCAUCGAAGGUUACAAACGCGUCGCUUGGCCACCCGCCUCUGAGGAGCGCAUUGUGCGUGAGUUUACGCCACAGCCGCAGACUCAGAGUCCAGCGCCAGGCGCCGGUGGCUACUAUGCCCAGCCUGCCACAGCUCCAGCUGCAACGUCUGCUGCUCCAGCUCAGGGUGCCAUUUAUAACAACGUUCAGCCACGUUCCCAACAUCAGCAACACCCCCAGCAACAUCCCCAGCACAAUUAUGGUAGCUCGACUAACUAUGCGUCCAAUGGUUAUGCGCCAGCAACAGCUGCUGCAGCACCAGCAGCAGCAACUGCUGCUCAGCCAGCUAAUCACUAUAACCAACCACAACAACAACAACAACAACCCAUCCAAUACACACAGGCCCAGUUCAAUAGACAGCGUUCCCGCGAGCCUACUGCUGAUACCUAUGCUGCAUACCCACACCAGCAACAACAACAGCACCAACAGCAGCAGCACUACCAGCAAUCUGCUUACCCACAGCAGCAGCAACAUCAACAUGUUGAUAAUGCAAAUGGCUGGAAAUCCAUACGCGCGCCUCUGCCCAAGACGCACAGUGAAUACCACAUGGGUGGCGUAGCAGCAGCUGCGCCUCAGCCCAGGGCACACAGUGAAUACCACACAGGGGGCGUGGCAGCAGCUGCGCCUCAGCACAGGCCACACAGUGAAUUCAGUGGCACAGUGGCAGCCGCCGUUGCCAACUAUGCGCCUUAUCAGCAGCAGCAGCAGCAGCAACAACAACAGCAACACUAUGCACAACAGCAGCAACAAUAUCGUGCGCCAUCCCACGACCACUACAACCAGCAGCAGCAUCAGCAGCCGCACCAGCAACACUGGCAGCAGCCGCACCAGCAGCAACAGCAGGCACACCACCAACAUCAACAACAGUCGCCCUAUCAGACGUCGUCCGGCUAUCAACAGCAGCCGCAUUAUGCACAACAAAACGGUGGCGCUCAAUACAAUGCUCAACCGCAAUACAAUUCUUAUUCGCAGCCCCAACAGCAUCAGCAGCAGCACCACUUGCACUACUCGCAGGAUCAGACCGAUCUGCAGCAUGACUACCGUGGCGCCAGUCCUGGCAUCAUAACGCUGCGCAAGGAGGCGCCCGUUUCACAAACACCAGCACCUGUUUAUGCUUCGCAGCCAGCCGCCGUCAAUUAUAGGGGAGGCAGCACAUCGCGCGGAGACAUGAAGUGGCCACCACAGGAAUACAAGGAGGCUGCGGCAAAAGAGAAUGAGGAGCGACGCCAAUUGGCGUUGGGUCCCGUCUGCCGUCCACGUCGCGUUAAUCGGGACUACACCGGUUUCUUUGCCAAGCAUCAGCUGAACAACACUUAUCCCAGCUACAAGGUGCCCCCAGGCACUCAGCAUAUGUUUGCCUAAGUGACCAAGUGACGACGCAAGGAAAACGGAAAGGAAAAGGAUCAAAGCAAUUACUGGAAAAUAGAAAAGAAAAUCAAAACUCAAUGGAACCCACUUCAUAUAAUAUAAUAAAACGAUCGUGUAUAUGUUACUAAAACGACAAACUAACGAACCAACUAUAUAUCAACUAUAUACUAUACACUAUAUAUUGUUAUACUAACCAACUAUCAAACUUUCACUAUAUUCUAUUAUGCCAAAUACGAAACGAAUAUCAGGGGCUAUCUCUGCAUAAAGAAGCCAUAACUGAAGCUUAAAGAGUUUAACAUUUUUUGGAGCAUAUGCUUAUCAAUUAAUUAUAAGCUAGCAACGACAAAUUUUAGCAAAAAGUAAAAGUAAACAAAAAAAAAAACAACUAAACGUUGAUAAACGAACUAACACUUAUAUCUUAUCUUAUAUAUUGUUAUUGCCAUGUUUUACUAGAAAGAACCCAGCAGCAGUUCCGUCUACUAGCACAAGCCUCCAGCCACGCCCACUGGGCGUUAUGCGCUACGCACUAUUAACUGUAAAUUGUAAGCGUCAAGCAUAACGCCAAGUCUGCAUAGGCUUAGGCUGAGUUUAGUGGAAACUGCUAGUGUUUGGGUGAACUGUUAAACAAGUUUUUGUUUUUGCUUGAUUAUGUUUUUGUUCUAUAUCUUUGCAUAUAGAUUAUACAUAUUUAUGAUUAUAUUUAUUGUUAAUGAGCAUAUGAUAAAAAAUCUCAACUAGCCGUUAUUAAUAUAUGUUGUGCAAACGAUAAAUCAGAUUACAGCUUGUACUGUGUGAGUAAAGUCUCGAAAAUCAAACCAAACUAAACUAAACUAUAGUUGCUUAUAUGCAACCCAUCUGCGUGUGGCUGCCACAGCGCUGCAUAGCAGCAAGCCCGACUUGGUGCAGGUAAUAAUAUGAGGAUGCCGUUGCCUGUCUAAGAACCAUCAAGUGGGCCUGCUUUGUGCGCCGUUGUGGUGCCACGCGUGAAUCCAAACUCUCUGACUUACCCACAAGCUUAUAAAAUAAUUGAUGAAAUUCUUGUUAUACUCAAUACAAAUAUUGUAUAACUGAUAACUAUGAUAACUACAUUUGAAUAAAUGGCAAGUUUACUGAUUACUCGCGACGAGAAGAG